AACAAAUUUAUUAUUUUUAAACUCCGAGAAUCAAAGAAAGAGAGAAUUGACAUGUUUCUAAAAUUGGCAGAAUGGAGCACAUGAAAAUUAAGGAGGUAGCAUGUCAAGCGAAAGUGAUUGGCACCGUAGUAACGUUUGGAGGAACCUUGCUUAUGGCACUCUACAAAGGCCCCGUCCUUAGUUUCAUGAGAUCUUCGAGCAGCCAUGCCAGCCAAACUGAGAACGUGAGCAACCCCACCGGCAACCAUUGGGUCAUAGGAACAGUGUUCCUCCUCAUUGGUUGUGCAGGUUUCUCUGCAUUUUACAUAUUAUUGUAAUUAAUUAUUGUAAUUAAGUUUCACAUAUUAUUAUAAGAUGAAAUGUCUAUGAAUAUCUUUGGAGAAAUUAAUGAUUGGUGUUAUGUAGGCCAUAACAUUGAGAAAAUACCCAGCAGAGAUGUCGGUGGCCACUUGGGUUUGCUUUGUAGGAACACUUCAAAGCUCUGUUGUUGCAAUCUUGGCAGAACGCCAGCAACCUCAUGCUUGGUCACUUGGUUGGGACACACGACUCUUUGCCCCUGCUUACGCGGGAAUAGUUACAUACAAGGCAUGGUCAUAAAAUCCAUGGGUCCAGUUAUUGUGACUGCUUUCAAUCCUCUGCGUAUGAUAAUUGUUACCGGCUUGGCCUGCAUCAUCCUAUCUGAGCAACUCUACCUUGGAAGGUACUACUACAAUGCUUUCAUUCUCCACAUUUUCUUUUUUUCUCUUUACUGACCCUAUAUGAUAUAUCAGUAUUAUUGGAGCGAUCGUUGUUGUGCUGGGGCUUUACCUAGUAGUGUGGGGAAAAGCUAAAGAACGCAGAGGUCUCACGCCACC